UUACAGACGGACUCGAAGCCUGCUCUUGAUCAACAAAACAAAACAAACCCUUUACUUAUUAUUUACAUGUUAUCUUAACAUUUGACAAUAAUAGGCAACGACAUAUGCCAAAGACUUUCUUAAUAUGUUUCCAAUAAAAUAGUAGUCACGUUUGUCACGCAAAAUUCGAAAUCAAUUUAUUGAGUUAGCUUUGGUGUGUAUUUUUUUAGCACUAUUGCUAAGGUUGGAAGCUAAUAAUUACCGCGGCGAAAUACGUUUUGCUACUUCUCGUUAACCUGGCAACACCAGAAAGCCGUGCAUCAAUAGGUAGUUAACCUCAAUAUUAUAUCGCAAUUUUAGCUUGGGCUUCGGUGGCUCGCGUUUAAUUAGUCAACGUUAGCGAACACACCCAUUUUUGUCGUUAUUCCAUUUAACUAUGUCACUGAAGAAGUAUAAUAUGCCAGUAAAGGGCGAAGAUCGUUGCCAGUUGGAGUAAAUGCCGCACAGUCGGUGAAGUCAUCCCUGACGUUAUGCGUCUCUUGCUCAAGAGAAUUCUAUUACAUGUCAUAGUAGCCAGAAGCGUCGGUUACAGUCAGUAAGGUAUUUCGGCGUGUUUAGCUGCAAAAUGCCUGGAAUAGUGGUUUUCGGACGGCGGUGGGGGAUCGCCAGUGACGACCUUGUUUUCCCCGGCUCCUUUGAACUGUGGCUCCGUGUCAUUUGGUGGUGUGGCACCAUGGUCUUGUUCACUUAUCACAAGGGUAAUUUUGAUUGCAAUGGAGGAGGGAUCUUACACACUUACCUGGUUGGACUGCUGGUUGUUCUGGCACUCAUCAUCCUGUCACUGUGUGCCAUCGUCUAUGUCAGUGCCCAAGGUACCAUUACGAACCCCGGCCCACGGCGUUCCAUGCCUGCGCUGGUCUACCUGCGAGCUCUUCUCUACAUCCCUGAGCUGGUUUGGGCCUGUCUGGGAGCUGUCUGGGUGUCUGAUGAAAGUCGGGGUUGUGAUCCUGCCACAGUGGGUUCUGUCAUCGCUGCGGUAGUUACCAGCUGGAUCAUCCUGCUGUUCACGGGGUUGGGAGUAGUUUUCGUCUUCGAUCCGUUGGGCAGCCCCCGUCCUCAGCAGGCUGCCACGGAGCCGCUGGGAGUGCGAGACAUGGAGAGCAGCGAGGGCACCCAGUUCCUGUCCACUGCCCGCUCCCUGGCUGUGAAGGUGUGGGAGAGCCGGAUCCGGCUCCUGUGCUGCUGUCUGCCGCAGGAUGAAAGCCACCGAGCUGCCUUCUCCAGCAUCGCGCAGCUCUUCAGCAACUUCUUCUCUGAUACAGACCUGGUUCCCAGUGACAUAGCAGCUGGUUUGGCUCUGCUCCAUCAGGAGCAGGAUAAGAUGGAGCUGAGCAGAGACCCAGACGUCAUUGUUACUCACAGCCCUUCUUCUCCAAUUGGACAAGAUCUGGAGAUUGAGUUGGAGAAAGCGGCACACUGCAUGCAGUUUGCUGCAGCAGCUUACGGCUGGCCGUUGUACAUUUACUCCAACCCCCUCACUGGACCCUGCAAGCUCAGUGGAGACUGCUGCAGGAGUCGGGCUGCUGAGUACGACAUCGUCGGGGGAGACCACCUUGGCUGCCACUUCUCAUCCAUUCUGCAGAGCACUGGUUUGCAGUACAGAGACUUUAUCCAUGUCAGCUUCCACAACCAGAUCUAUGAGAUCCCAUUUUUUGUGGCUCUGGAUCAUAAGAGGGAGGCUGUUCUAGUAGCUGUAAGAGGGACACUUUCACUGAAGGAUGCCCUGACAGACCUGUCUGCUGAAUGUGAGAAUCUGCCUGUAGAUGGAGUUUCUGGAGCCUCCUACGCUCAUAAGGGUAUGUGCCAGGCAGCAGGCUACAUCUACAAAAAGCUGGUCAACGAUGGCAUCUUGAACCAGGCAUUCUCCAUUGCACCGGAGUACAAACUUGUCAUCACUGGCCACAGUUUGGGGGCUGGCACAGCUUCACUGUUGGCUAUCCUCCUGCGAAAUUCCUUCCCCACCCUGCAGUGCUACUCAUUCUCUCCACCAGGGGGACUCCUGAGUAAAGCUUUAGCUGAUUACUCCAAGAGCUUCGUGGUGUCGGUUGUUCUGGGAAAGGAUCUGGUUCCCAGACUGAGCAUUCCCAACAUGGAGGAUCUGAAGAGACGGAUACUUAAAAUGGUUUCAAACUGCAACAAGCCAAAAUACCGCAUCCUGCUGCAGGGCUGUUGGUAUGAGCUGUUCGGAGGAGACCCGGACGAUUUUCCCACCGAGAUGGAAAACAGGAGGGAGGAGCAGCUCAGCCAGCCGCUGCUGGGGGAGGAGUCCCUGAUGAUUCGCCACUCGUCGUCCUAUCAGAGCCUGGCGUCGGAUGACUCACCCGCCCACACAGCUGCGCACCUGCCUCUCUUCCUACCUGGACGUGUCCUGCACAUCACAGAAGACGGGCCGUCACGGAGAUCCUGUUUCUCCCAGGUUCGGUACCGUGCAGAAUGGUCCAAUGAAAUGGCGUUCAGGAGUAUUUUGAUCAGCCCCAGGAUGCUCACAGAUCACAUGCCCGACGCUGUGCUCCGAGCACUCAACAGCCUGACCGCCGACAGGCCCUUCUCCCUCUGCCAGUCAUCUUCAAACAGCAGCCAGCAUAACACAAUCUAAGAUGCACUCUUAUGACUCACUUCUUACAGACUCGACAGCAUCUCAAGCCAAAUUCUGUUUCCGUCUUAACGUCUGAUCCAGGACAGCUUCAGCUACUUCACUUUGCCUGACAUCCCAACAUUUCCUGACAUGCCUGAUUAUUCUGCUUCUCCAACAUCUAGAAUUGAUUGUAAUAAUGAUGGAAGAUGUGAAAGUGUGUGGAUGUUUGCCUGUUGUGAUUUUGUGAGAUUGAUCCUGAUUUGUAAACACAAAAGAGCACAUGUUGUUCUGUUGCACUUUUUAUUUAAUGCAAAAAAAGCUAGUUUUGACUCAUAGUUAUUAUAGAAAAGCUCCAUGCCAUGAUAUUUGAAUGUGUGCUGUGUAAUGUAUUUUACAAUGCUGCUGUUUAACUGAAAUGUCAGUGUUAUGUUUUGUGCUGUAUGAGAGGUGUAUGACUGGUAAAAACUGCCCCUGCCCAUGUUACUCUGAGUUUGUUUAUGAGGGUAACUUAAUAACAGUGAUUGGCAAACAUUAUAAGAAAGCAAAUAAUGUUAGGUUUUACUUCAAAAUGUCGUGUAGUAAUUGUAGUUAAUGUGUCUUGUGUUUAUUGUCUUGAGACAUCAGGGUGAACAGUGCCUAUGCAUUUAGGGAAAAGCAAGCCUACAACAUUACUUUACAGAAAGGUGGUGUGUUUACGGGAAGUUUGACUGCAGUUUGAACAGUGCAUGAUGUUAUUAUGGCACAAACGUGAUGGUCACAAGCGAUAAAAUGAUUGUUCUUAAACAUUUUGUGAUUAUCUGUUUACUUGCCAUGGAUAUUUCAUCUGUUUUUCAGGUGAUCUGUGAUGUUAAAAUUUGAGUCGGCUCAUGUCUGCAUAACUAUUUCACAACUUCAAAGGAAUGCAGUUGAUUUCUUGAUGCAAAUAAAAGCAUUUGUGAAG